AUGUCGACUAUGGACUUACAAGAGGACCGUUGCUACGCAACUGGUGAUCAGCUAGCGCCUACAUUCAUUUUUGCGUCCCCCAACCAGUACCACACCGGGAUGGCAACGUGGAUCGCCCAGCAGCCCCCGGAGAAGCAGACUCAGAUUGACUUGCUCACGCCCGUGAAAUUCACACCGACUGACCGUCUCAUCUUUGUGCAAAGCAUUAUGGGCUGA